CUGAUUUGAUUGGUCAACGAACGACUUAAAUCGAAGGCGGCAGAUUUGUCGAUUGGCCUAAGUUCGAAGUCACAAUAAUUUAACCCUUGUUGGUUCGCAUAGGCUCGAGUGGUCGCGAUUUAUUUACAUUUGUGAAGCAUGGCAUCAACAAGAGUUGCUGUGAUGCAUGAUCAAGAAAACAUCAUCCACCAGGAAGGCAAGCCAGGCAUAGGGAUAUCAAGAAAUCCACCAAAGCCUUUCGUGCAAGACAACAUCCAUCAAGCGACCCCGAGGAGAGCGUUGGGAGACGUGCGCAAUUUGCAAACUCAAAGAGUAAUUGCACCACAAAAAACAAUCCUUCAGAGCGAUAAGAAAGGCUCUACUCAUGGGGUUCAGCAAAACAGAACAUCUCUAACAACCCCAGGAAAAUUCUCUUCCUUUUUGAAACCAUCAGGAACGUCCAAGAAAUCCAAUAAAAAGGCCAUCAAAAUUUUAGAGGACGACGAAAUUGAGAAGGAGGCGGUAAAAAACGUUGAUGGAUCUGCAAGACAAAAAGGAAACAUUGGACCUGGUCUGUUUCAGAAAGAGACUGCAUUCCCGUUUAUUGAUAAAGAGCCAGAACUUGAGUUGCCAAAGUAUCUGGUAGAUCUCUCAAAGACCCGCCUGGCGGAGAGUGUUUGGUGGCCAUCUUUCACCAACCCACUAAAGGAAUGUCACUCUUCAAAAAGCAAAGAUGUUGACUUUUCUCUACUUGAAAUGGAAGAUUUACCUUUCCGUUCAGACUUUGAAGAUUCGUUUUUAAAUGAAUUCAAAAUGGAUGUGUUGGACAUCUGCGCAGAGGAAGAGGACACAGUAGCAACAUCUCGAUUUCUAGAACUGGAUCCGAUUGAGCGGGAGCUAACCCUUGUAAAUGAUCAAUGUUCGCUUUCCGAAUACGGAAGUUUAUUAAAAGAACUUGAAUCAAUUGAAUUUCGCUGCCAAGGUGCAAGCAACGAGUCUGGCACCACUAAUGUCGCUGAGAUGUCCUCGUUUGGUUUUGGGGAUGGUGUGCAAUAGUGAAGUGGAUACUGUUACAUUGCAAAGUAACGGAUUUCAGCUGUUUAUAGAACGUGUUUCACUCUAUAAGAACUUUUUUGUACAUAUUAAUUUAUUGUAAUAGAAAUAGGUAAGAAGGAAUCGUUAAAAGUGUUCUUACAGCAGUAGUGGACGUUUAAAUCUAAAAUCUAAAAGUCUAAAUCCAAAAGUAUACUAUUUAGUUUCGCCGGCAGUCCAGCUUACAAAAUUGAAAGUAAUACAAAUUUCGACGAAAUGCUUUUUCUUCGCUGUAAGGUAGUUGGUUAAUCUCUUCUUAUAGUUGCCUUUGACUUUACUCAGGACUCGGUCAGAAGAUAGUAGAAUACAGGUGGCAAGGGGGGGGGGGGGGGGGCUCCGACUUAUCGUGAUGGCAUUACAGCAAAACCUCUUUUUGAAAACCUUAUCAGGGCAUCUUCUGUUUCAAAGUCUUAGCAGUUCUUGGGCAGUUUUCUACAGCAGAAAAAUCAUAUGUUGCCCCAGAUCUCCUCCAAAAUAUCCGCAUAGAUUUUUGUGACAAUUUGUUUCUGCCUCAAUCUCAUCAGGUGGUGUGGAUAGUUUAGCCUUCGGAGAACUUAUUUUUUGUAUAAUAAAGAGUCAAUGGCGCAUUCUUACUUUUUCCCGGUAAAUCUGUAUUCAUCUAGUUAUAUUCUGUUUUAAAAAUCAUUGUCAGUUUUUUUGUUGAAUCUGCUUCUUCUCUUAAGAUUGGAAACCGCUCGGUUUGAUUUGCGUUUCCUUACACAAAGAAGGUCAUUCUGAAGUUAUUCAUCUAUUGAAGGAAACUCACACAUCCACGCACUGUCUGAUGCAUUGUGCAGACCAAAGGCAAAGUACUUGUUCUUCUGUUGUGCAUAUUUUAAAGGAAUUAAAAACAUUCAUAUUUUCAAAAUUGUUUUUAUAUUUAUAAUUCUUCUGUGAAUUACAGCCCUAACACAUAAAAGA